CCAGCUGUCCUUUCAGAUCACAGAAGAAAAAGAUGUUCCUCUGGACGUCAAAGUGGAGUGGAGACAUCAAAACACGAUGGUCCAUGUGUAUAAGAAUGGUGGUAAUCAGUCUCUAUUAAAGGACCAGAAUCACAGAGACCGCACAGAGAUGAAUGAAGAUCCUCUGGGAAUUAAAGACUUCAGUCUGAAAUUGAAAGACCCCCAACUUAGUGAUUGUGGAGUCUACACCUGCACUGUCUAUGACAGAAAUGCAGACAUCCUGCUACAGAAAGUAGUGACUCUUAGUGUCAGAGUUCCCGAGGUGGUGGAAGUAGUUAAAGGGAUGCAGUCUGUCAUUCUGCCAUUUACAACUGAAGUCCUGAAGCUUCAGGAUGUCACCGUGGAGUGGAAACACGAAGACAAGAAAGUCCACGUGCGUCAGAAUGGCCAAAACCAGUCUCACGAUCAGGAGGUGAAUCAAGAGCCAGUGACAAAUGGAAACCUGCAACACACUGAUGGUGGUACCUACACCUGCACUGUCUACAGUGAGGGUGAAGAAAUCCUGCUACAGAAAGUCGUGUCGAUCGCAGUCAGAGUCUACCCGGUGGAAAUGGUGAAUGCGACACAAGGAGAGAAGUCUAUCCUGCUGCCUUUUAAAGUCACAGAUCACCUUCCUCAGGAUGUCAAAGUUGAGUGGAGACUCAUUAACCCUGAAGACCGGAUGGUCUACGUGUAUGAAAGGAGUAAAAAUGAGUCUCCCUCAUGGGACCAUGUAUACAGAGGUCGUGCAGAGAUGACUGAAGACCCACUGACAACUAAAGACCUCAGUCUGACCCUGAAAGACCUCCGCCUCACUGACAGUGGAGUCUACACCUGCACCGUGUAUAACAAGGAUGGACACAUGCUGCUACAGAAAGUAGUGACUCUCAGUGUCAGAGACUAUCCACUGGAGAUGGUGGAAGUGACACAGGGAGAGGCGUCUGUCCUGCUGCCCUUUAAAAUCACAGAAGACCUCCUUCAGGACAUCAAAGUAGAGUGGAAACAUCAAAAUAUCAUCGUCCAUGUGUAUCAGAAUAGCCAAAACCAGUCUCUCUUAAUGAAUGAGGAUUAUAAAGACCGCACAGAGAUGAAUGAAGAGCCUCUGAAAAAUAAAGACCUCAGUUUGACCCUGAAAGGCCUCCAACUUAGUGACCGUGGUGGCUACACCUGCACCGUCUACAACAAGGAUGGCAGCAUCCUGCUACAGAAAGUAGUGACACUCAGUGUCAAAGGAUACCAGACAGAGAUGGUGGAGGUGAUGGAGGGAGAGGGGUCUGUCCUGCUGCCUUUUAAAAUCACAGGUGACCUUCCACGUGACAUCAAAGCAGAGUGGAGACUCACUCACCCUGAAGAAAAGAUGGUCCAUGUGUAUGAGAGUGGAAACAACCUCUCAGAUGAAGACGACCAGGAGCAGGUUUACAGUAGCCGCACAGAGAUGAAUGAAGAUCCAGUGACUACUAAAGACUUCAGUCUGACCCUGAAAGACCUCCACCUCACUGACAGUGGAGUCUACACCUGCACCGUCUACAACAAGUAUGGACACAUGCUGCUACAGAAAUCAGUGACUCUCAGUGUCAAAGAUAGAAAGUCUGACAUUAAGGUUGAAGAUGGGGGACACAUCUGACACAGGAGAAAAUUAACCAACAAGAGGAAUCCACCAUUGAUCGAGCUUCCUCUGAGUCAUGCCCUCUUCCUGCCUCCUCCUCUCUGUUCCUCUUGUUCUUCAUCUGUUGUUAAAGUUGGUGUGAAAUGUUCAGUGUGGAGGUGACUGACAUGAUGUGAAUGUUACAGUAUUACACUACAAAUCCUUCCUAAAAGUAUGAUGUAAAUAAACAAACUCGAGUGCAUGUGUAACACAAUAAGAUGGAGCAUAAGUAGAAGGCACUAUGGGUCACCAUGUGCUGUUUGUAUGUGUGCGUUUUUGUUACAAAACACAUUUAAAAAUGUCUGCAGCCCCCGAAGACUACUAAAGACUCAUCUCCAUGACAACAGCGUGUCCACCACUGCAGCUCUCCUCUGAUAAACCCUGAGCUCCACCUGAGUCUCCAUCCUGAGGACCUCCUUCAGCCUCCUCAUGUCGAUCCGAACUAAAACAAACACAUCAGUGAACCCUGAGCUGGAUUCAUUUAUUAG